CCACCUCCGCAUUCGUAACAACUUUCCAGCCACUCUUAUUCCCCCCAAAAAAACCGACCAGUCAAAAAAAAAAGUUGGGAAAAUUUCGGUGAAGUUCCUGACUCGGCCAAACUCAGUCUCCAUUUUCGGCGAUCGGGUGUUUCAAAUCCUGAAUUGGCAACAAGUCUGUCUUUGGAAAGAGGGAGAAAAGAAACAGAUUUGGAGCGGGUGAAGCGGUUACCUCUGUUUAUUUUCUUUCUUGUCUUCUUACCCCCUCUCCCUUCCUCCCUCCCUCCCGUCCACCCAUCCCGACCACCCAGUUGACCCCUCCACCGCCCCCCCACCUCCUCCAAGCUCCCCCUCCCCUCCUCCCCUCUCCCCCAGACUGUGUGGCAUGCCUUUAGACAUCAUGCAAGCCAGCCCUCGCAGUCUGCCUGUCUCUCCCGCAGACAGUCUGGUCAGCAGCGAGGAGGAGGCGGACAGGCAGCAGAAGCGAUACGACAGCAAGAGGAGGUACAGCAAGAAGAGCAGCGAGGACGGCAGCCCGAACCCCGGCAAGAGGAAUAAAAAGUCGAGCCCGAGCUCGCAGUCUUACGAAGAACUGCAGAGCCAGAGGAUCCUGGCGAACGUGAGGGAGCGCCAGAGAACGCAAUCGCUCAACGAGGCGUUUUCCUCCCUGAGGAAAAUCAUCCCCACCCUCCCCUCGGAUAAACUCAGCAAGAUCCAGACCCUCAAACUGGCCGCCAGGUACAUCGACUUCCUCUGUCAGGUCCUGCAGAGCGACGAGAUGGACCAGAAAAUGACGAGCUGCAGCUAUGUGGCCCACGAGAGACUGAGCUACGCUUUCUCCGUGUGGAGAAUGGAGGGAGCCUGGUCCAUGUCCGCUACCCAUUAGCGUCCAAAACGGCGUUUAAGGUCGUUGGAGCCCUCGAUGGGGCUGGAGUUCAGUGAGAAUCCUUCCCUUCCCUUCCUACAGACGGCCCAGGAAGAAAUCUCAUCCACCUCUCAACCGAUACUCCCUGUGAACUCUGAGAAAAGAGUCCUUCCAGACUGCACAGUGACUUGAAAGGUUUCGGCAACAAGAAGCAAGAAAGUGUUGCUUUUUCGGCACACAAAACAAAAAUAAAACACAGACGUGAAACUUCGCCCGGCAGAGCGGGAUGUGUGUGCGGUCAAUCUCACUGUGAAGUGACAAUGUCUGCAUUCAGGACGGUCGCUCGGAAUGGACGUAUUGGGAUCUUUCCACACAUUUAUGCUUUAGAAUUUUAAAAAUAGUCGUUUUCUGAGGUUAAUCAUCGCGACAAAUUGGGCCCAGACAGAUCGAGAAAAGCAAAAAAAAGAGAGAAUAAAAUAUCGGCACUCUGGCCACUGCAUGCUCGCCCUCAGUAACCCUGGAAUAAGCAAAGCUUCACAUUGUUAGCCUUUCUCUAUCGCGUGUAAAUCUUGCUAGUUUAUUUAUUAAAGUUUUGCCAUCGAA